UCGGCCACCGUAUGAUGACGUGGCGUUUCCUCUGUGAACACAUCUUCCUUUAGCUUUCUUUACAGGGUUACUGCUAACUUUAUCCUUAUCCUUCAGCUUGUUCGGUCUUUAUUGUUUUCGUCCACAUUUCAUAUAUAUUAGACAGCGUUCGCUUCAGUGAGUCAAGAUGAGACGCACCGGACUGGGUGAAGGAGGCUCUGGACAUUAUGUAGCAAGUGGGUAUAGCGUGCAUGAGGAGGAAAAUGAACAUCUACAGGAGGGACUUAGAGCUAAAGUCAACGCUUUGAAAAGUUUGUCCAUUGACAUUGGAACGGAAGUGAAAUAUCAGAACAACAUGCUGGAUGACAUGGACACAGAUUUUGACUCAACAGGCGGACUGCUUGGUGCCACCAUAGGCAGAGUUAAGCAGCUGUCCAGAGGCAGUCAGACCAAACUACUGUGCUACAUGCUGCUCUUCUGUUUUUUUGUCUUCUUUGUCCUGUACUGGUUCAUCAAAUUGAGGUGAUAAGUACAUCCUGUUGGACUUGGCCCUCUAGUGCCACAUCUUCAUUUCCAGUCUCGAUACAUCCUUAAACUAGACGAUGUAAGGCAGGGAAUGUUUAUUUUAAUGAGUGAGCUCUACAUGCCCAAGUGUCUGAACAGUUCAAAGAUGGAUGCCAGUUUGAGUUGUGAAAGAACGCCUAAUCUGAUGUUAAACUGGUUGAAUAAUGUGGAGACGGUCUCAAAUGAUCAACCAGUAAGAGAAUUCUGUAUACUGCUUGUAUACCUGAAGUAAACUGUAUUUGUAUGUGCUUCAUAACAGGCCAAUCUAUGUUGAUUUAAGAAGCUAGUACAUAGAAUUUAACUUGUAACAACAGUAUGAUACCAGUGUGUCAAGAACUCUAUAAAUGGUCAACCGCUGUGGGAUAGCUGUCAUACAGCUGUUGUAUUAAAGUGUAAGAAUUACACCCUGAGUCCUUGAUCGAAUGCGUUUGUGUUGAGGGAUGAACAGGUAUAUCACAUUAUCUGACAUUCACAUUUCAGCUUUGUAAAAAUAUUGUUAAUGUAAAUAAAGAUUUUAUGCUCUAAA